GAGGCUCCGGAGCCCCCCGGGAGACCCCGAGGGAGCGGCGAGAGGAGAACGGAGAGGAGAGAGCGCGGCCAUGGCCCCCAAGAAGGCGAAGCGACGCGCGGGCGCCGAGGGCAGCUCCAAUGUCUUCUCCAUGUUCGACCAGACCCAGAUCCAGGAGUUCAAGGAGGCGUUCACGGUGAUCGAUCAGAACCGGGACGGGAUCAUUGAUAAGGACGAUCUGCGCGAGACCUUCGCCGCCAUGGGCCGGCUGAACGUGAAGAACGAGGAGUUGGACGCGAUGAUCAAAGAGGCGUCGGGGCCAAUCAACUUCACCGUGUUCCUCACCAUGUUUGGGGAGAAACUGAAGGGUGAGGGACCCAAAAUGACCCAAAAUCUGAAAAAUUCACCCCAAAAUAUCCAAAACAGCGAAAAUCCCUGCGGACCCGACGGAAGCGUCAAUCAAACUUGUGAGUGGGCGGCUAAAGGGGGCUGCCUGAUGCCGUGCCUGGAGGAGCUGCUGACGACGCAAUGCGACCGCUUCACCCCCGAGGAGAUCAAGAACAUGUGGGCGGCGUUCCCGCCGGACGUGGCCGGGAAUGUGGAUUACAAGAACAUUUGUUACGUCAUCACCCACGGCGAGGACAAGGAAGGGGAGUAAAAACCCCAAAAAUCCACAAAUUCUUCCCCAAAAAAUAUUCAGGAAUUUACCCCAAAAUAUUCUGGAAUUAUCAAAAAAAAUUUCAGGAAUUUUGCUCAAAAAAUUCGGGAGUUAUCGCUAAAAAAUCGGGGAAUUUAUAUCAAAAAAAUCAAGAAUUUAAUCAAAAAAUAUUUGGAAUUUCAGCCCCAAAAAAUCUGGGAAUUCACCUCAAAAAAAUCAAGAAUUUAGUCUGAAAAUAUUCAGGAUUUCAGGCCAAAAAAUGUGGGAAUUUAGCACCCAAAAAAAUGGGAAUUCACCUCAAAAAAAUCGGGAAUUUAGUCAGAAAAUAUUCAGGAUUUCGGCCAAAAAAAUUCGGGAAUUAUCCCAAAAAAAUCUGGGAAUUUAUCU